CAAACACUUGUCGCAGAAGCAUGCAAGCCAGCUGCUUAAUGAGCCCUGGGAACCCGUAUCCUGGGGGGAAUAGAGUAAAUCCCAUUUGCAAGGGACAAAACUAUGGAAGACGGUGAGCCCUUUGGGGACAGGGCCCCAUGGCACCUUAUAAUUCUGUGCCACCAUAUUCUUUUCUUCAAGAGGUGAUGACAAUGGACUUGGAAGAAAAAGAGGACGGUCUGGAAGCCCUAAAAAAUAAAGCACAACUGAUCGCCAAUGACAUCAUCAAAGAGGCCUUGGAGACUCUAAGAGAGCUCCAGAAGAAAGAGGCAGCUGCAGCGGCCAAGUACAAAGUCAACAAUAUUACAUGGUCGACAUGCAAGGAUUUCACAGUAGGAAAAGGACUGCUGCAGAUUGAAGAAUAUUUAAACACAUGGGAGCUUCAUGAGAGCUGGUUACACUGGACGAACUAUUUGUGUGACGAAGAACUAGAGUACAGUACAAGAUACCACUAUCGGGUACGCUUCAGCAUCCCGACCUGUAGGAAACCCAUCCCACGAGCAACCGCAAAUGUUUAUUUCAUCAUAGAGAUUUCCAAAAUUAAGCCACCGACAUUCCCUGUUGAAGUAUUCUUUGUGGUGGAGACAAAUAAGCUCAUUCAUAGGCCAGGAGAGUCCCGCUUUAAAGAAAAGUGGCUGAAGGACGUAAUUGAAAGCAAAAUCUACAUGAUGAAGGCUAUUGGCUUUUAGUGCCAUGAAGAGAUUUUAAAUUUGCAACCAUUGUAUUUAUGUCUGUUUCCUGCUUCUUUUUGGUAAAUUAAAAAUGAUGUAAAUCUCUA